GCUCUUUCCAUUUCUGUAAAAAGCAUGAAGUAAAAUAAAAAUUAUAACAAGCAGAGACACAAGUAGCUUGUGAGCAUUUGGGCUUUUACAGGUUUCAUACAAUGGUGCUGUAAGUCCUGAUUUAUACUCAGCAGGUAUAGUAACGUGGGGUAGAUAGUUAUUGACUUAAGUGGCAAAAUGCAGUCAGCAGUGAGGUGCACACAUGGGCCUGUGUUUGCUGAAACUUCAAAUCUAAGAGAUUCUUCUCAGAGCAGGUCAGAAGAGGAUGAGAGGCAACCAUCAUAGGUUGCAGCAUGGGAGACUGAAUAUUGUGAGGGAAGAAAAACCAUGAUGUGAAUAAGAAAGCACUGGACCUGGAAAGGUUGUUUAAUCUUUUUCCUUGAAGACACUAAAACUUGUGCCGGACAAAGACCUGAACGACCUUAGCUCAGCUGGGAUCAGGCAGCUGGACCUGACGACAGCCCACCAGGAAUCAUUUCCAUGCUAAAUUAUCCUGUGCUGAGGGGCACCAAUUCCUAAGCAAUGUAAACAAAGCGGUGUCCAACCCGCCCGGCGUGGGCGAGCAGCUGCGGGCGGAGCGCUCCGGCAGCCCGGCGCGACGGGGAGGAAACGCCGGCUCGGGCACCGCACGGCAGCGGGCUGCGGGCUCCCGGCUGGGCGCGGCGCUCGGAAGGCAGCAGUGCCAAUGCGUGUGGAGUGUGAAGCCUCUGACGUGGGAGGGGAAGAAAGAGAGGUCGUUUCUUGCUUGCCACACUGAUGCCAGGAGGACUUGGUGCCAAGUUUGAGCUGUUGCACCCAACGCAGUGGAAUGUGGAUUUCGACUCCUCUACAUUUUCCUGAGAAGCAAACUGGAAAAUGGAAAUGAAGAGAAACACAAUGAAGGUGCUGUGGCUGUUGAUGUUCUCCAGUGUUAUACCAUUCAGCUAUGAGAAGUCAAUGAGAGCACGAGCUAUUGAGCUGAUGCAAGAUGCUCGUUUAAUCGAUGGACACAAUGACUUUGCACUGAGGCUGAGAAUACUUUACCAAAAUAGACUCAGUAGAGUCAACUUAAGAGAACUCAACAAGACUCACACAAACCUUGCGAAACUUCAGGCUGGUUAUGUAGGAGCUCAGUUUUGGUCAGUGUAUGUUCUUUGCAGCGCUCAGAACAAGGAUGCUGUGCGUCUGACCUUAGAGCAAAUUGAUGUUGUCAAGAGGAUGUGCAACAGUUAUGAAGAGCUUGAACUUGUGACAACUUCCCAAGGUAUCUCUGACACUAAAAGGAUUGCAUGUUUGAUUGGAAUAGAAGGUGGCCACUCCAUUGACAGCAGUUUACCAACACUGAGGAUGUAUUAUGACCUGGGUGUUCGCUACAUGACUUUAACACAUUCCUGCAAUACACCUUGGUCUGAAUCAUCAUCUAAAGGAAUACACAACUUUUAUCCUAGUGUUUCUGGACUGACUGCAUUUGGCCAAGAAGUGGUAAAGGAGAUGAAUCACCUGGGCAUGCUGAUAGAUUUAUCUCAUACAUCAUAUUCCACAGCAAAAGCUGCACUGACUAUCUCAAAAGCACCAGUCAUUUUCAGCCAUUCCUCAGCAUUUUCUGUUUGUAAUCACCCAAGAAAUGUUCCUGAUGAUAUCCUCCGGCAGCUGAAAAAGAACAAGGGAAUUAUCAUGGUGACUUUCAAUGCAGAUGUACUGGUCUGUGGCAGAAAAGUUGUUAAUGUUUCUACCCUUGCAGAUCAUUUUGACCACAUAAAGCAAAUUGCAGGUUCAGAGUCGAUAGGAAUUGGUGGUGACUACGAUGGAGUGGAACGUUUCCCUGAGGGAUUAGAAGAUGUUUCUAAAUACCCUUCUUUGAUUGAGGAACUUCUUAGAAGAGGAUGGAAUGAAACAGAACUGAAAGGAGUCUUACGGGAGAACUUUCUGCGUGUCUUCAGGGAAGUGGAAAAUGUGCGGGACAUCAGUAGACUAAUGGAUGUAGGUGAAAGUGAAAUCCUGCAAGAAGAAGUCAAAAACUCCUGUCGCCUAGACCUAAGUACUUAUCAGCUUCAGCCAGCCACCUCCUUUGGAUUUCCUUCUGUGGCACAACCUUUUAGCCUGACACUUGUAAUUGCAUCAUAUUUAAUACUGUGGUAUGACUCAUAAGGUCUGUGCAAUCUAGAGAGAGAUAGAGUAAUAUGCAACGCAUCUAGUUAUCUGUUUGGGAUUUGUUAAUGUAAAGCUAUGCUAUUUUUUUACAUAUGAUUUCUAUAAAUUCACCUGCACGUUUGAAAGUUGAAAUGUAGAUUUUAAAUGUUGUAGCAAAAACAUUUUGAAUUUCAAGUGAUAAAUGGUGUGUCAUCUUGGCUAAACCAGGACCAACAUUGUUAAUGGAAAGUAUUCACAUUCAAUGAAUAAAUUCUCUAAUAUAUGACA